AUGGGGACAAUCUCGCAGAGCAUGGAGGGGAUUCUCACAUGGAUUUUGUUGGAAUUGCAUAAGUUCACAAGACUCAAACAUGACGCAUACAAUCGUUUGUGGCGGAUUGACCCCCAAUACAAUGAAAGUGGUUGGUAUCCAUUGAAGAAACAACUUGAUAUUGAAGAUGAUGGUGGUGGUUACAAGUUGUCAGCCGAAGCAUUGAAGACUGCAGCCCAAUCACUGGAUGUUUCAUCAUCCUUAGAAUUCGACGAAAACGACGUGUUUGAGGAUCAGCUCGACCUGCCUUACGAGUAUUAUGUCUACUUCCACUUUGCUGAGAUCGAGCAACUUCCCGAUGGGAAAAACAGAAUCAUCACCAUCACCCUCAACGGCAAACCGGUCCUCAAUCAGCCUCUGGUUCUUGAAUACUCCAAGCCCGUUACUGUUGAAGCCAAAACACUAGGUCGUGUUGUGUUCAACAUUACCGCAACCUCGCAAUCGUAUGCUCCCCCGAUCCUCAAUUCCUUUGAGGUCUUCAAGCUGGUUCAGGAUCUUAACUCACCAACACAUCCUCAAGAUGCUAGUGCGAUUCUCGAUAUCAAAACCGCCUACCAAAUCACUAGAAAUUGGCAAGGGGAUCCAUGUCUUCCUACCGAGUAUGCAUGGGAAGGAUUGGGUUGUAGCUCCGCCACCCCUCCCAGGAUCGAAUCUUUGAACCUGAGCUCAAGUGAUCUCACAGGGCAGAUACAUAUUUCAUUCUCACAUCUUCAAGAACUUAAAUUCCUGUAUUUGUCAAACAACACUUUGACAGGAGCUCUGCCUGGUUUUCUAGCAGAGUUACCAAAGUUACAAGUUCUUAAUCUGACAGGGAACAAGCUUUCGGGUCCAAUUCCUAAGGCUCUCAAGGAAAAGGCAAUUUUAAAACUAAGUGUGGCUGAUAAUCCAAAACUUUGUAUGAAGGACUCAUGCGAAAAGAAGAAUUUUAUUCUACCUCUUGUUGCGUCACUUUCAACUUUAAUUGUAAUCCUAUUGAUUUCUCUUGGACUUUGGAUAUUCAGUAGACCAAAAGCUGUCAGCUUGGACUCUUCACUGAAAUCAAAAUACCGAGCAUUCAGUUACACUGAGAUUCUCAAUAUUACGGAUAACUUAAAAAAUAUUAUUGGAGAAGGAGGAUUUGGAAAAGUUUACUUUGGCAUUCUUCAAGAUCAAACCGAAGUCGCUGUUAAGAUUCAUUCACGAACUUCAACGCAAGGAUAUAGGGAGUUUAUGUCAGAGGCACAGCUUCUGAUGACUAUUCAUCAUAGAAAUUUGGUAUGUCUCAUUGGCUAUUGCAAUGAAGGUGAAAUUAAAGCGUUGAUAUAUGAGUACAUGGCCAAAGGAGAUCUCCAACAGCACUUGUCAGUGAAAAACCCAAAUGCCUUAAACUGGAAUAAGAGACUUAAUAUCGCAGUUGAAGCAGCACAGGGACUUGAUUAUCUCCAUAAUGGUUGCAAGCCACCCCUUCUCCAUAGAGAUUUGAGGACUUCCAACAUAUUACUUGAUCUGAACAUGCAUGCCAAGAUAGCUGAUUUUGGUCUAUGUAGAGCUUUUGGUAAUGAUGUUGAUUCUCAUAUAUCGACUCGCCCUGCAGGUACACCAGGUUAUAGUGAUCCAGAGUUCCACAGAACUGGAAACUUAAAUAAGCAAAGUGAUAUCUACAGCUUUGGGAUAAUUCUAUUUGAGUUAAUCACUGGCCAAAGAGCACUAGUGAGAGAAAAUGAAAAAAAUAUUCACAUACUUCAAAGGGUUAUUCCCAUAAUUGAAGGAGGAGACAUUCAAAAUACUGUUGAUCCGAGGUUGCAGGGAGAGUUCAGCAUCAGUUCUGCAUGGAAAGCUGUAGAGAUUGCCAUGUCAUGCAUUUCGCCAACGGUGGCUCAAAGGCCAGACAUUAGCCAAAUAUUGGCGGAGCUAAAGGAAUGUCUUUCUUUGGACAUGGUUCAAAGAAAUAGCGAAGUAGUAACAACUACUGUGGAAUGGACUUCUAUGCAGAUAGAGAUAGAAACAAGAAGAGUGGAAUCGACUUCUACGCAGAUAGAGACAGAAACAACUCCCUUAGCUAGGUAGAAACCACAUUGGUAAAGAAAUUUUUUGUGGUUCGAUUGAUGCAUAUAUCCAUAUCACAAAUUAUGUUCCUUCUGCAUCAAAAUGAUUGUGUUAAACCUAGCUAGUAUGAAGCUGGCAGUACUCCAAUUGCAAACAGCAAGUGGCUGGACCCUUAUGUUUAAUUAAUUGUUACUAGUUAUCAGAUUCUAGAAAUGUUAUUCUAGAAUGAUGAUCUUUUGUUAGUAGGAGCCUUGUGAUUGAGACAGUUGUAUGGUUGUCCUUGUUUCAAGGGAUUAACCACUAGAUAAAUUGAAAAACCCAAAAAUAAUGGAGAUAUGCAGAAAAAACUGGGCAACUUGCUCACCAUAUUUUCUUGUU